GUCUUUGACGAUACAAACUUACAACAGCGGGACAAAAUGGCAGAAGAAGCUCCAGCACCAGCCGCCGCCGCGCCGAAAGCAGCCAAGAAGAAGGUGUCCAAGCCCAAGAAAGUCGGUCCCAGCGUCUCUGACCUCAUCGUGAAAACUGUGGCCGCAUCCAAGGAGCGGAGCGGCGUGUCUGCUGCCGCCGUCAAAAAGGCUCUGACCGCCGGAGGAUACGAUGUGGACAAGAACAAGGCCCGCGUCAAGACCGCCAUCAAGAGCCUGGUGGCCAAGGGGACUCUGUUGCAGAUCAAGGGGAUCGGGGCCUCUGGCUCCUUCAAGAUGAGCAAGACGACCGCCGACAAACCGGCAAAGAAAGCCGCUCCUAAAGCCAAGAAGCCCGCAGCGAAGAAACCCGUAGCGGCCAAAAAGCCCAAAGCAGCAGCAGUGAAGAAAGUUGUAGCCGCUAAGAAGUCACCGAAGAAGGCCACGAAACCCACCGCGGCCAAGAAGGUGGCCAAGAGCCCCAGGAAGGUGGCCAAGAGCCCCAAGAAGGUAGCAAAGACCUCCAAGAAGGUGGCCAAGAGCCCCAAGAAGGUGGUGAAAAAGGCCCCCGCAGCCAAGAAAGCUCCCGUGAAGAAGGCUGCUAAGCCCAAAGCCAAAAAAGCAGCACCCAAGAAGAAGUGAUCUGAGAUCAGUCUGAAGAAACAACACCUCUAAAAAAAGGCUCUUUUAAGAGCCACACAUUUCAUCCUUAAAGAGUUUUUCCUUUUUAUUUCUAUUUUUUCAAAACGAUUGAGUAAGUAAUAAGUUGAGUGAUGCAGCCUUUGAUUUUAUGGGAGAAUUAACUGGUUCCAGACAGAUUUACUGCAUGAACACUAAUGUGGUCAAAUGUUUUU